AUGGAACCCGGACCUUCACAGUCUCAGAAGGGCAAGGGUCCUUGGCAGCCAGAUCAAGGGCCUUCAAAAUCUCAAAUGCUCGAAGAAACAUUUGACGCUUCUGAGCAGCCAGAGCAAGGACCACCACAGCCUCAGACGCCCAGAGGCUUUUGGCAGCCUGACCAAGAGCCUUCACAGUCACGAAUGCCCAAAGAAACACUGUUCUCUCACGAGCAGCUGGAGCAAGAACCUCCACAGCCUGAAGUGCCCACAGGAGCACUCGACAUUAUCCACCAGAUGUCCGCAUGGCUACGCGCCGAGAGAUGGAACAUGUCACUAUCUGAAAGGAACCAAAGCAUGCCGCCUGCUCUCAGAGCAACUCAAAACAUUGAUCGACUCUGCACAAGAUGCGCCGCCUUUGACUGGAAAACUAUCUGGAAGCAAAUGCACCGCGGGAAACUCAAUUGGCCAACGAAACAACAUCGUCCACUCAGUACAAUGUACAACCAUCUCAGGUGGCAAGAAUAUCAUCUGAGCGUCGACGAGACGAGCUGCGCCGAAUGGCAAAGCAGAACCCAGCCCGCGCCAAGGAGAUGGAGCCUUGAGCAGUUAGAUGCAGCCACCAGCGUAUCACACCAUAUGGAAUCUGAAAAAGGGGUGCUUUUGAUCGAAGUCCAGGGCUGCGAACCUGCUAAGCUUUUGGUCUCAUUUGCGCAACGCACGGAGGAACCUCUUUUACCCACUGUUCGCUCCGACGGGCGUACGAGUGGCUUCGCCAGGCAUUGGAUGCAGAUAUGUGAUGAAUCCCACCUGUUCUGCAAGCGGACUGGUUCCAUACUCCCAACCAGGGUCAUCCAACUCCAAAUCAUACACGAAGAGUUGAAAGCCAGGCUACUCGUUACCAACGGUGAAGAGGCCCGAUACGCUGCUCUCAGUCAUCGCUGGUCUUGUUCAACCUCAUUAACAGUCACCACACAUAACUUGGAACGUCUAAAGAAGGGGAUUGAUUUUGCCGAGUUAUCACACACCUUUCGCGAAGCACUUGAAAUCGCCGCCGGGAUUGGACUCCAGUACAUCUGGAUUGACGCCCUUUGUAUCCUCCAGGAUGACGACCACGACUGGGCCAGGGAAUCUGCCAAGAUGGGCGAUGUUUACCGGCACGCCGCCAUCACUAUCAAUGCCUUUGCGUCAGCAGAUGGCAUGGGACAAUGCACCACGGCGUAUCCCCCUACUAAUCUGGUGGAUUAUGCAUGCAGGAUCGGGGGAGAAGUGUAUGUCCAUGAGGAGGACGGUGGAUUCGCUGAUGUCUACGAGCUCGAGGGCGUUACUCAGACACGGGGAUGGGUUUUCCAAGAGGAGCAACUUUCCCCACGACGUCUGUACUGCGGACAACACCAUCUUGUCUGGAAGUGUGCGGAAAUGUGGGCGAGAAACGACCGGCCAUGUGGAUUCUCCGGGGAGGUAUUUGAUAAACCCUUUAUGUCCACCUACCCAUGUUCGAAUUGGAAGUUCGCGUACCGCCAAUGGCGUCGGAUGGUACAAAGCUAUACCAGGCACAACCUGACAUACGCUGCCAAGGACAAGCUUCCAGCCAUAUCUGGUUUGGCCGCGGUCUUUGAACAAGGGUUCCCAGGCCAUCAUGUUGGAGAUUACCUCGGCGGAAUCUGGAGAGGCGACAUAUACCGUGGCCUCCUCUGGUACCGUGACGGUAACGCUAUCGACCGAGAUCGACGCAUUGAGGGGCCAUCCUGGUCCUGGGCCUCGUGGGACGGUCCGAUUAAUUUUGUGUUUGAAGAUGACGAUGCUAGUUGGCCGGCAAGGAUGACAUGGCAACCUCAAAGGAAAUACCCAUGCAAGGUGCGAAAGGCAUCGACGAUAUUGACAGAUCCAGAAAACAAGUAUGGGCGACUCUCAUCGGGCAGAAUGGUCGUCAAAGGCAAGGUGCUCAUGAACGCGGGGAGGUUAGGCGAACAAUCCGAAAACACAAGGCCAACGGAUCCAGAGAUACACCUUGACCAUGAUGAGACCUUCCCAGAGGAUAGCGUUCUACUCCCCAUCACGCAGCGAUCAGGGCUACUUCUGAGGAUGGAUCCAAGGACCGCCAAUGAUGCUAUGCGGGUCUUUCGGCGGAUCGGAUUGUGUAUACGCCCGGAAAGACAUGAAGAUUUCAACUGGAUGCGUGGCGCUCGGUGGGAAACCCAGGAACUGGCUCUGGAAUAG